ACACUCCCUCGGGUGCCCCCAAGGAACAGUUCCAACAAUACAUUUCUCUUCUCCUUCCGCUUCGGGUUCCUCCUCGAGUCUUGCAACUCUGCUCCGCUCCGCUCCAGAACAAGUUACGGAAAAUGCCACCGCAAACCAGAAGAAUGGCGUUCCCGAACGUAGUCAUCGAGCGAGACACCGAUUCUGAAGAAAGCUCAUCAUCAUCAGACGAAGAACAAGAUGUAGAAGAAGAGGACAACAACGACGACCUAGAAGCUGAAGAAGAAGAAGAGGUUGAGAAUGGAGACACAGUCGAAGAGGUCAAGGUCGAGGUCUCUGCGGCGAAGAAGAGAGAGAAAGCCCCGAUCACUAUCAGUCUCAAGAAAGUCUGCAAAGUGUGCAAGCGAACGGGUCAUGAAGCGGGAUUCAAAGGGGCUACUUACAUUGAUUGCCCUAUGAAACCCUGUUUUCUCUGCAAAACGCCUGGCCACACUACAAUGACUUGUCCGCACCGAAUUGCUACUGAGUAUGGGGUAAUCCCAGCACCCCGUAGACACACUCAUAACUCAUUGGAUUAUGUCUUUGAACGCCAGCUUAGACCCAACAUCCCCGCAAUCAAGCCAGCAUUUGUGAUUCCCGAUCAAGUGAAUUGUGCAGUUAUCAGAUACCAUAGUAGACGAGUUACAUGUUUGGAGUUCCAUCCAACUCGUAAUAACAUUCUUUUAUCCGGAGAUAAGAAAGGACAACUUGGAGUUUGGGACUACUGCAAAGUACAUGAAAAGAUAGUUUAUGGGAACAUACAUGGUUGCAUACUUAACAACAUGAAGUUCAAGCCCACAAAUGAUGGAACAGUAUAUGCUGCAUCCUCAGAUGGGACCAUCAGUUGCACUGAUUUGGAGACUGGAAUUUCAUCAUCAUUGAUGAACCUUAAUCCUAAUGGGUGGCAGGGCCCAAGCAGUUGGAGAAUGCUUUAUGGGUUGGACGUCAACUCAGAGAAAGGUGUUGUGCUUGUUGCAGAUAACUUUGGAUAUUUGUACUUGAUGGAUAUUCGCUCCAACAGCAAAGUAGGGGAGACUAUUUUGAUCCAUAAGAAAGGAAGUAAAGUCGUGGGGCUACACUGCAAUCCUGUUCAGCCAGAUCUUCUUUUGAGCUGUGGAAAUGAUCAUUUUGCCCGCAUAUGGGACAUGCGUCGGUUAGAAUCUGGAUCUUCUCUUUGCAGUCUUGCACACAGACGUGUUGUUAACUCCGCAUAUUUUUCUCCACGAAGUGGCAGCAAAAUACUUACUACAUCACAGGACAACCGCCUUCGAGUAUGGGAUUCUAUCUUCGGCAAUUUGGGUUCCCCAAGUCGGGAAAUUGUACAUAGUCAUGAUUUCAAUCGACACUUGACUCCUUUUCGAGCUGAAUGGGAUCCAAAGGACCCGUCGGAGUCCCUUGUGGUUAUUGGACGUUACAUAAGCGAAAAUUAUAAUGGAGCUGCUUUGCAUCCCAUUGAUUUUAUAGACAUUAGCACUGGGAAGCUAGUUGCUGAGGUCAUGGAUCCGAACAUUACAACUAUCAGUCCUGUGAACAAGCUACAUCCACGAGAUGAUGUUUUGGCAACUGGUAGUUCAAGGUCUAUUUUCAUUUGGAACCCGAAGGAGAAGUCUGAGAUUGUGCAACAGAAGGAUGAAAAGAAGAUUGUUCUUUGCGGAAAGGCUGAGAAGAAACUCAAUAAGAAGUUUGACGGUGAAAGUGAUGAUUCCGAUGAUGACAUACGCAAAAUCAAGGGUAAGAUCACCCAAUCAAGAAAAGCUGAACCAAAAUCAUCUCGAUGUAGUCUUAAGGGCAAGCGAUAAGCUUAUGAAUGCAAUUACCCCGCAAUAUUUUUUGAGCUGGUAAUUGAUGGUUCCUAUAUGCCAACCUUUGUAUAUGCUAACUUAUGUUUUGGUGAUGUAGUAUUUAACAUGAUAUGUAGUUUUGUAACUUUUCACAUCGUUUUGGUUCUUCGCCAUUGUAUACUAGGCUUACCUAGUGCUCAAGAUAAGCUCUAUGUUUUGUGUAAUAGUUUUUUUUGUAGCCUACCCGGUUGUAUUGAAAUUCUAUUCAAUGUGUUUGGUUCCGGUUUUCUAAA